AUGUUAGCAGUGGGUGUAGAGGAUGAGGAGUUGCAGGAUGCGCAUAGAUUGGAUGAAUUGGAUUACGAGUACAUGGACGAUGAAUUUCUUGGGGAUAGUGAAAGUUCUUUACUUCGAGAAUCAGAUGAAAGUAAAAAAGAUACGAAAGAUGUUGGGACUCUAUAUUUAAUAUGUCUGGCCAUUAGUACUGGAGGUUACCUCAUCUCCCUCGUUUGGCUCGUCGGCCCCCUCUCUGGCACCAUCGUUCAACCGUAUAUCGGCAUCUUAUCCGAUCGCUCUCAACAUCAUCUUGGUCGCCGCCGUCCCUUUAUCAUCAUUGGUACUGUCGCAAUCAUUAUCUGUAUCCUCGCACUUCCUUGGACAACCGAUCUUAUCACAUACCUCUUUACCCUGUUCGGCGGUUCCCCUUUCACUCGCGGUGCAGUGAUUUGUAAAGGUUGUAUGGCAGCAUCUUGGAUAUGGGCAUUGAAUAUUGCCAUUCAACCGGUUCAAGGAGGGCUUAGGGCAAUUAUCGUUGAUUGUGUUCCACCGAAACAACAAGUUAGAGCUUAUGCAUAUGCAAGUUCUGCUGCAGGAAUAGGGUCUAUUUUAGGAUAUACUGCUGGUUAUAUCUCUUUACCGAAAUAUCUACCAUGGCUUGGAGAUACGCAAUUGAAGGGACUUUGUCUCAUUGCUUCUGUGGCAUUAGGUCUUACUGUUGCAAUAACAUGUUUUGUGGCGAAAGAGAAACGCUUUGUUGAUUUGGAUUCAAGUCUGAAGAGACAAAGCCUUUUGGGGACUUUCCACGAAAUAGAAUAUACCCCGAUAUCCAAAAAGGCCACUCCACCACUCACGUUCCCCACCACCUCAACUCCCCACUCUAUUCGCCACGCAACAUUCAUCAUGAUUCUGUUUGCCCUCGUCGCACUCAUCUCGAACCUCACACUCCCUUUAUUAAUCUCCCCCUCCUCUUCCAGCUUCAAACACCAAAAACCCACCUUCCUCUCUCACCUUCAAAUCAAAUCCCUCACCCUCUCCCGCGUCUGGACACUCUCCCACCUUCUCACCACACUUCUCACCCUCUCCACCCUCCUAACCCCAACCUUCAUCUCCACCUCCAUCCUCAUCAUCUUCCUCGGUAUUUCCUGGGCCAUCACUUCUUGGAUACCUCUCGCCCUAAUAUCCACCCAAAUCUCCCGCUCCAAAUCCUACUUCACUCCCUCCGUCCCUCUUUCCCCAAUACCCCACCCCACCUCACCAUCACACAAGAGAAACAAAAACAAAGAGCCACUGCAAGCAGGCACAAUAAUGGGUCUCUAUAACAUCGCAAUCGCUCUCCCGCAAAUCAUUGCUGCGAUACAGGGGAGUUUGGUUUUUUGGGUGUUAGGAGAGGUGGGGGUUGUGGGGACGGAGGCGAUGGGGUGGGUGAUUAGGUUGGGGUGUUUAGGGAGUAUGAUUGCGGCUUGGUUGGCUGAUUCUUUAUAA